AUGUCUCUCAGGUGGCUCUCAUACAUAGCCCUGCCAUUCGACUGGCUUGCACGAGCAUCAGGUCUCGAGGCCGCCAGAGAGACUGAUGCGGCCUUUGCUGCUAUGGCUGCUGCCGAACUUGGCAACUCCAUCCAGCCGACUCCUAUUGAAACCGAGCAAGAGCUUGACGAGAUGUCGACAUCUACUGAAUCCGGUCAUGAAAUUGAGGCCUCCACAACAAGCACAACGACCUUGGCAAGCAAAUCAGAUCUUGUGCAGGCAAGACUUCGACGCAAAGGAAUGGGUGGCGAGCAGUAA